AUGCAUUCAUUAUUUGUGUUAUUAGUGUCGUAGAAUAAUAAUUAGCUCGAUUAUUUAAAUUAAAUUUUCAUGCUUCACUGGAAAACCCCAAUUACAUCAAUCUCUGAUAAUUAUGACUUUUUUUAAACAUAUUUUCAUAGUAAUGGACGCAUGGGGAAAAUGGCCGGAAGGAUUUUUGUCUGGUCACGUGAAUGCGAUGGGAGACUUUGAUGAAUGUGUCGACCUCAACGUGGGGAAAUAUGAAGCCUCAGACCCGCAAACGCCAACCAGUUUUGCAGGCAUAUAUUGCAACACGUAUCUUGCCCCAUACACCGACGCCAGAUUUUCGAAAUAUUGGGACACGUUCCCACAAAAGCCAACUCCUGGUCCUACUUCUUCUUCUACUUCAAUCGGAGGGAGAAAAGCAGUUUCUCCAGAAAAGCUUUGGAGCUUGAUCAACAUGGCGUAUGGAAUUAAACUGUUCCCUUCAGUCGGAGUUUGCUUUCCUAAUUCUUGCGACCAAGGCGACAUUGAACAAAUUCUGAUGAACAUCUUCUACUCGGUCCUGUAUGACUAUCCUCCAACCGGAAAUGGGACCAUUUGGCCAGCCGUGGAGUUCUGCUAUGUCGGAAAGCGACCAGAUUUCGAUGCGGGCGAUAUUUCUGUAAUUGCUUUGCUCGGAGCGAUUACGGGUCUUGUAGUUUUAUCCAGCGUGGUUGAUAUCUGGCUGAAUCGAGGCGUAGAAAAACCGCCAAAACGAGGAGUCGCAUUUCAAUGUCUCAACAGCUUUUCGUUGUACACCAACGUUCCGAGAUGGCUAAGCACACGGGCGACGGCAGAUGAUUUGGGAUGUUUGCAUGGAAUUCGGUUUCUCAGUACUGCUUGGGUUAUCCUAGGCCACACGUGGUUUGUCGUGGUAUAUGUUCCAUACUGGAAUUUGGUUGACGUCAAAAUGCUUCAAGAAAAGCUCUCAAUGAUGACAAUUUUCAACUGCACGGUUUCAGUGGACACUUUCUUCGUCCUGAGUGGUCUCCUCGUCGCCUACAAUGUUCUCAAAAUGUUGGCCAAGACCAAAGGAAAGCUAAACAUUCCCAUGUUUUACAUUCACAGAUAUCUCAGAUUGACACCAGUUUACGCAGCAAUCGUCGGAGUGAUGGCAACUCUCGUACCGUACGCUGGACGAGGUCCGUACUGGUUCAUUAUGGAGCGAUGGAGUGAAAUAUGCGAAGAUAAUUGGUGGACAAACAUGCUCUACGUCAACAAUUUUGUUAACACGAGUUGGCUGUGUCAAGGUGAAGCAUGGUAUUUGGCGGACGACAUGCAAUUCUACAUAAUUUCUCCCCUUUUCCUCCUCCCUUUGUACCACUGGGAGAUGAUUGGCGUAAUUAUCCUUGCCAUAUUCACCGUUCUCUCAACCAUAAGUCCAAUUCUUCUUGUUCACUAUUACGACACCGCACCAACAACAAUCGGUACAAAAGUUGGAACAGAAUCUGUCGAUAUUUGGUACAAGGACAUCUACAUAAAACCAUAUGCAAGAAUUCAGACCUAUUUUGUGGGCAUGUGGUUGGGCUACAUCCUUUUUAAAACGAAGGGGAAGCGUGUAAAGCUUCCAUAUCCAAUUGUUGCCUUAUUCUGGGCAAUCUCAACGGUGACGGCACUCGCUGUUUUGUACGGAAUUCAAGACUGGUUUGACCCCUUGGCCGAAAUUCCGAAGGCACCAGGCCUCAUGUACGCUGGAUUCAGUCGAUUUGCUUGGGGUAUAUCGGUAGCCUGGAUCAUUUUCGCCUGUGUCAAAGGCUAUGGCGGAUUGGUGAACGAUUUCUUAUCGUGGAAGGUCUUCAUGCCGCUGGGAAGACUUUGCUAUUGUGCAUAUCUCAUAUCGCUGCAUUUACAAAUGAUUUUGCACGUGUCGUUCAAACAACCGAUGGCCUAUUCAGAAUACUCGAUGCUCAACUUUUUCUUUGCGCACAUGGUCAUGUCAUUUUUGGUGGGAUUCUUCUUCACGCUGACAAUAGAGACGCCGUUUAUGCAACUGGAAAAGAUUUUGUUUGAAGGAGGAGGUCGACGAGGGGUUGAACAACGACCUGCUGUUAGUCAGUCAGGGAAGGAUGCUCGAGAAGGAAUAUUUUACAAUUCCAAACCUGGCGGAGUCAUUGUUGCGGAGGAGAAAAGCGAUUCUACAAAGAAUUAGGGGAACAAGUUGGGCGAUAAUUUUUGUUAUU